AUGCAAGCACGUAGUCCACUAUCCUUUUUGUUCUAUUAUCCUAUAUCAAUUUAUCCUAUAUCAAUACACAUCCACAGUAACAAGUGCAAUUCCCCAGUUUUGUCUUGCGGGUCUCUGGAGCACCUUCAACGAGUUCGUCUCCUCCCUACGCCUUUCUUCGUUCUUAAUACUAUAUACAUACAUCCCUAUACCAUGAUUGCUGCAAAGAUCGUGUCACCACCACCUCCACUCACCUCCAACACACUGACGCACGGUCAACGGGCCAGGCUUAUGCGCACCACGAAAAAACUCGGUCAAGUUCUCGGAUCUACACCCCAUUUAUUGGAUGACAAAAGCACUAGAUCACCUACUCCUGUGUCCGAGGAUUGGUCGGACGAUGAGGAUGAAUGGCAUCGACCUGUGAGCCGAAGCUCAAACCGAGGUUCCUCUUCCCGAUCUACCUACUCUAUCAGCGCGUCUUCUCGCGUUUCACGCUCAGCAUCAGUUUCUACACGGUCGACGACAUCUUCGGCCUCGUCACAUACUGAAGCUUCAUGGUCAUCACAUUCUACUAGACCUCCACUCCUUCGUCUCGCUCUUUCUUCCUUUUCCCAACGGCGGUCAUCCAUCUCCAGCCGAUGCCUUUCUUCUCCUACCUCAUCCAAUACUUCGGAUGAAGAAGACGCGCGUUUCACGCUCCAAACUCACGUUGAGGAAAACCCCCGGGAUUCCCUGAUUUCACCCACUUUCCGCAUCCCCUCGUUGAACACCGUACGUCUGCAGAAAAUGGACAGAAUUCGCAAGAAGCUCGGUGACGGUGUGCCGGUUGAACUCGUCUUCCCCGUCGCUGAUUCUGAUGCAGAGGCGAAUACAUCCCACUUGAAAACCUCUACUGUUGUACACAUCACUUCCUCGCUUGAUACCCUCGCAUUCACGACUUUACCACCACCACCACCACCACCACCACCCUCUCACCGAGCCCGCCCGGUCAGAUCCCAUUAUGCUGGUGCCCGCGAUUCCAUUGUCUCUACCUCUGCUCAUCGUGGCCCAAGGGUUAAACGUAAACCUGUCCCAAAACUGGACCCGACGGAUCCUCCUAAUACUCCUUCAAAGUCAAAGCAUAACAGGCUGAGCUUGAUCCUGGAAACCCCACAUGAGGUGGAUAUCUUGAUCGAGAGCAAGGUUUCGUACACUUCGGAGCGGAUAUCGGAAUGGUUCAGUGAAGAUGAGAACGAACAGUGGGUCGAUUAUAAGACUUACUUGCGAAUGGUUCAGGAUCCAUGA